GGGGAGGAGAGCCAUUGCCGUUGGUUACGAGAUUCAGGCUUUAUUUUAGGUGAAAAGGCUGCUCAAAUAGACCUACCUCCUCUAAGGUCAGGGUCAGGAAUCAUGACUGAAGACCAUUUGAUCGAGGCUGUCCUUGGUCAGUUUAUCAAUUGCCAUGAGCAGACAUAUGAAGAAUUUCUGAGCACUUUCUCUCAUCUUUCAAAAGAGGAUGCAGAGGCCAAAAGCAGAGGAUCUCAACCACACUCUUCAGAAAAUGAGCUUUCCUCAAUUAAGUUUGUAAAUAAACAGGAUAUAAAUGACCAGAGUAUCAGAAGCAAAGAUUCUUCACCCCAUUCUGACUCACAUUGUUCAGAAGAAGAACAGAUAGUGAUGGAUGAAGGCCAGAGAGUUGGCGUCUCUGUCCAAGGUAUUCCAGAUGUGGAUAGAGGGGUGAAGGUGGACAAUUACCUUGAUUUAGAAGAUUUUGACAGUGAUGAAGAAAGUGGCUCCGAAAUGAGCACAGAGCCGCAGCUGCUUCCAGGAGAAGUAGAGCAGGAAAUAAUCUCUGUUCCAGGCUAUGUACCUUCCUCUCACCGGCAUCCUCUCCUUGAUGUGAGGACCAGGCCAACUGUAAGGCAGUCAAGCAAGCAAACAGAAGAGCUCCCAGGGGAUGAAGUUCAACCAUUUUCACUUGAUGAACAAUUUGACUAUGAUAAUGUGAUGUUAACCCCCAAGAUCACUACUGCUGAGAUGGAGGCCAUUACUGCACUGUCCAGACAGAAGAAAGUGGUUACAGAUGUUGUCAGAAAACCCUAAUGACUAAUUUAUAAAUAUUUUGUUAUGCCUUUUUUUUAAAUUCCCAAUAAACAUUGGCUGAAGUCAAACUUA